AUGUCACGCAGACAGUGGAUAGCGCUGAGGGUGCUAGAAGCACCUUCUCUUCCUGAAAAGGACCCUCCUGAUGUGCCACUAGAGCCGAAUAGGCCUCCCAACGCUCAAAUCCCCGACCCUGUUCCCGAUCCUACUAGGUCAGGUGAGGAGAUGCCAAUACCCAGUGAUGGCCUCGACAAGUCUGUCGAGAUCGUCGACACUGUUGGUGAUCAAGCAUCGACUCAACCUCAAGAGCUGGUCAACAACCAGCUCAAAGAAAUCAUGCAGACGUUGAUGAGCCUAGUGGCUCAAACCAACACAACAGAUGAUAGGCUUGAUCGCCUAUACACGCAAGUAGGGAUCGCUCUAGCGCAUCUCAUGAAGAACGAUGAGGACCUCAAAGAGGUAAAGGUGGGACUUAUUCAUCCCAACCUAGAGUUGGUACAACACCAACCCCCAAUUAAUACGCCUCAACUUGGGGCACCUAGUGCAUUCUCGCUUGAGCAAAUUGUUGCUCAAGAACAGGAACCAAACCAUCAGGGAAACCAGAUGGAUGAAGACAACAUAGUUGUAGUCAACAAUGACUACAUACAAACUACUAAGUUCGUCCCUGUGCCAGGACACCCAAGUGCCCUCCUUUCUCCCUGA